AUGUACCAGUUCUUCAAAGACGGCUUCUUCAACUUCGAACUCGUCCGACUACUUGGAUCUGCAACCUUUGGCGGAUGCGAGAUCGGCGAGGCACUCGAUGUCCUCCCUCUCAUCAAAGAACAAGACCCGAACAGCUGGUAUAAUGCAUGGGUGAAAGCCGGAUCCCGAGCAGAAACACUUGCCAAAGAGGCCGAGCUACAAGGAAACCUAGCCGCCCGCCGCAAUGCAUUGCUCCGAUCCGCGAACUAUUUCCGCGCAGCUCAAUUCAUGCUCAACACGCGACCAGAUGACCGCAUUCUCGAAACGGCAGAGCGCUCGAUCCAGAACUUCAAAAAGGCCAUCCGUCUCCUGGACGGGCCUGUUUACGAAGUUGACAUCCCAUACGAGGGCAUUCACCUGCCAGGCUACCUCUACUUGCCCCCAACGUCCAAGCGCUUACGAGACGCCAAGACGCCUGUCUUGAUCAGCACUGGAGGCCUAGACUCGACCGUUGAGGAGCUUUAUUUUAUUGGCGGGGCCUCAGGGCCCGAGCUGGGAUACGCCGUGCUUACAUUCGAAGGCCCCGGUCAAGGCAUUGUAUUGCGCCGCGAGGCCCACUCAUACAUGCGACCUGAUUGGGAAGUUGUCACGGGGGCCGUGGUGGACUUUCUCUACGGAUUCGCGACGCAGCAUCCCGAUCUCGAGCUCGAUCUGACCCGCAUUGCGCUCCAUGGUGCCACGCUGGGAGGCUAUUACGCGCUGAGAGGCGCGGCCGAUCCCCGUAUCUCCGCCUGUAUCGCGGUAGACCCGUUCUAUUCGAUGUGGGAAGUUGCCAUCACUCGCAUGCCAGCUCCUUUUAUCAAGGCCUGGACAUCAGGCUGGCUGGGCGAUGGCAUCUUCAACGGCACAAUGAACAUUCUUUCCCGGCUCAACUUCCAGAUCAAAUGGGAGAUGAACCAGGUGCAGUGGGCCAUGGGUAUGAAGACCCCGGCAGAUGCCAUGCGACGUAUGCAGGACUUUACUCUCCGGACUGCCGAUGGUGGAGAGUACCUUGAUCAGGUCAAGUGCCCUGUCAUGGUCACGGGCGCUGCAGCGUCCAUCUACGCCACAGAGGACCCCAGUGCGAACAAGGUGUUUAGCCGGCUGCAGCAUCUUCCCGACGAGCGUAAGCGUCUGUGGAUUGGCAAGGAGGUGUCAGACGGAGGGCUGCAGGCCAAAGUUGGCAUCUUUGGCUUAGCGCAGCAUCGGGUCUUCGCUUUCCUGGAUGAGCAGUUUGGAAUCCAUCGAGGUGCAUAG